AGUGGCGCAGUGGUCUAAGGCACUGCAUCGCAGUGCUAACUGUUCGAAUCCAGGCUCUGUCGCAGCCGGCCGCGACCGGGAGACUCAUGGGCGGCGCACAAUUGGCCCAGCGUUGUCCAGGGUAGGGGAGGGAAUGGCCGGCAGGGAUGUAGCUCAGUUGAUAGAGCAUGGCGUUUGCAACGCCAGGGUUGUGGGUUCGAUUCCCACGGGGGGCCAGUAUAAAAAAAUAAAUAAAAAAAAUAAAUAAAAACAUGUAUUCACUAACUGUAAGUCGCUCUGGAUAAGAGCGUCUGCUAAAUGACUAAAAUGUAAAUGUAUGCCGUUUGGAAUGUAUUAGCCAAUAUCAGAUUCAAUUUGUCAAACAUUUUAACUCUUCAAGUGCAGAAACAAACUGUAUCAUUACUUUUAAUGAGUACAGGUGCAGCGGAACGAAAUAAUUAAAAAGGGAAAUCUGUAUUUAACCGUCAAUAUCAAUUCCAGCAGGUCACACACAGGUAUUCAAGACCUGACUGAACACUCAAAGAAACACUAUCACAAUGAUGUAUUAAUGUACACACACACACACACACACCACAUUGUACAGUACGUGUGACUGUCCACCCUGUGCGUGCCUGACCCUCCCUGUGAUUGACAGGCGUGACGGUGGAGGGGUGACGUGGGCGUGGUCAGCAUUGCUGCGGCCCUGCGUUGUGACCGGUGUGUUGCCGGGGGUGACCGAUGCGUUGUGACAGGGCUGGUGUCAGGUGACCGGCUGGCCUGAUUGAUUGUUUAGUGUCCGCCUCACACCCAGGACCUCCAGCUGUCCCUUCCCUCCCUGCCAGGGAGGGUCAAUCACAGGUUCUUGUCUGUACCACAACACUGACUACACAGACCAACAUGAUCCCACUCCCUUUGCUCUGCUCUCUUAGGACAGACAUUAAGAAAAGUAAAGGAAAUAGGUGAUCAUCCGUUAUUCAAUGUUCCUUGCUCAGUUGCACAGUUGCUAUUACACCAAGAUGCAGAUCGAGUAGCACAAUUUUUCUCAGAUGGUCAGGGAUAGCCCGUCGAGUUUAGUUUUAGAUUUCACCAUUGUAAAUAUUGACCCUAGAAAUGUGCUGUAAGGUGGCUUUGUGUUCUAUGUUCAGAAUGGAAAUGGUUGCUGCCACUUUGGCUCUUUCUCUAACCUUCAUAAACCGACAUAGAAUACUUCCUCAAACAAUUACUAAAUGGUUAGAUAACAUGUUAUAUACAUUUUCUGUGUUGCAAAACUUAUUUAGUUUAUAUUUAUAGUUUGUGAGUCCAUUAAGCAUUAUUGAUUACUUCCUAAUAAUUACUUACAACUUACAACCACAGUUUAUCUUCCCACCAAAGUUGAAUAUACACUACCGUUCAAAAGUUUGGGGUCACUUAGAAAUGUCCUUGUUUUUGAAAGAAAAUAAAAAUAAAUUGUCCAUUAAAAUAACAUCAAAUUGAUCAGAAAUACAGUGUAGACAUUGUUAAUGUUGUAAAUGGCUAUUGUAGCUGGAAACGGCUGAUUUUUAAUGGAAUAUCUACAUAGGCGUACAGAGGCCCAUUAUCAGCAACCAUCAGUCCUGUGUUCCAAUGGCACAUUGUAUUUGAUAAUCCAAGUUUAUCAUUUUAAAAGGCUAAUUGAUCAUUAGAAAACCCUUUGCAAUUAUGUUAGCACAGCUGAAAAAUGUUGUGCUCAUUAAAGAAGCAAUAAAACUGGCUUUCUUGAGACUAGUUGAGUAUCUGGAGCAUCUUCAGUUUCUUGGCAAUUUCUCGCACAGAAUAGCCUUCAUUUCUCAGAACAAGAACAGACUGACGAGUUUCAGAAGAAAGUUCUUUGUUUCUGGCCAUUUUGAGCCUGUAAUCGAACCCACAAUUGCUGAUGCUCCAGAUACUCAACUAGUCUCAAGAAAGCCAGUUUUAUUGCUUCUUUAAUGAGCACAACAUUUUUCAGCUGUGCUAACAUAAUUGCAAAGGGUUUUCUAAUGAUCAAUUAGCCUUUUAAAAUGAUAAACUUGGAUUAGCAAACACAACGUGCCAUUGGAACACAGGACUGAUGGUUGCUGAUAAUGGGCCUCUGUACGCCUAUGUAGAUAUUCCAUUAAAAAUCAGCCGUUUCCAGCUACAAUAGCCAUUUACAACAUUAACAAUGUCUACACUGUAUUUCUGAUCAAUUUGAUGUUAUUUUAAUGGACAAAAAAAUUGCUUUUCUUUCGAAAACACUGACAUUUCUAUGUGACCCCAAACCUUUGAACGGUAGUGUAUAUUAACAACAGGGCAUCAUAUUGUCAAACUCAAUUUUAGCCAUAGUUAGAGUGCAACAACAGUGCCUCUCCAUAGCUAUUAACGUCUUGUUUAUAUUUCGCAAUAUGCCAUUAGGGAUUAGUUUUUCUAUCCACAGCUCUAAUUCGAUUUGCGUCUCCAACUGUUUUCUAAUCUUCUUGUCUGUGGUUGGCCUGGAGUGUAGCAGACCUACACUUGUCUGCUUCCUCGAUUCUAGUCCAGCUUUGAUGGACAGGUGGGGAAAUACAUGCCUGUUCUCUGCAGUUGGAUUGGCAGCAAUUUGCAUUACACGCAGCCAGACGUGUGUGUGUUUGUGUGCUAGAUUUUCUUAAUAAUGAUAGAGAAACGGCCCAUUUUGAAAUGAUGGUUUAAUGAUUAUCUACAAUUUCAAAAAUAAACUUUGCAUUAAAACAAAUUAUCCAAGACUAGUCAGAGAGAUCUUGUAAUUUGGAUGUUUUCCCCCUUUAUUUUAUUUCAGUUAAAACAUUGUUGUUUUAUGAGAUUACACAUUUAUAUGAGUGGCAAUUAUUUUUGUCAAGUCAAAGCUAAAAUAUAGGCUAAGGGAAUAAUGUGAUUUCAUUCUCUCAUUUUAGAAUAAUCACAGUAUGUUUCAUUCUUUAGCUUUGAUUCAAUUUAAUUCAGACUUUAUUGCCAAUCAACAAUGGAUGAUAAGGCAUUUGUUUUAGGGCCAACAAUAUUACAGACUAUACCAUCAGGGUAAGACAAUACAGUAACAUACAGUAGGACAUUUAAAGUGAAACAUGUUGAGUAUACUGUAUGGAAAUUGUUUUAUAUAUAGAUAUAUAAAACCGUCCUGUAGCUCAGUUGGUAGAGCAUGGCGCUUGCAACGCCAGGGUUGUGGGUUCGAUUCCAAUGGGGGGCCAGUAUGAAAAAUGUAUGCACUCACUAACUGUAAGUCGCUCUGGAUAAGAGUGUCUGCUAAAUGACUAAAAUUUAAAUAUAAGUAUACACUGAGUGUACAAAACAUUAUGAACAUUACUCUUUCCAUGACAUAGACUGACCAGGUGAAAGCUAUGAUCCUUUAUUGAUGUCACUUGUUAAAUUAACUUCAAUCAGUGUAGAUGAAGGGGAGGAGACAGGUUAAAGAAGGAUUUUUAAGCCUUGAGACAAUUGAGACAUGAAUUGCGUAUGUGUGCCAUUCAGAGGGUGAAUGGGCAAGACAAAAGAUUGAAGUGCCUUUGAGCAGGGUAUGGUAGUAGGUGCCAGGCCAGGCGUACCGGUUUGUGUGAAGAACUGCAACGCUGCCGGGUUAUUCAAGCUCAACAGUUUCCUGUGUGUAUCAAGAAUGGUGCACCACCAUUCGUGUGGGAAGCAUUGGAGUCAACAUGGAGCAGCAUUCCUGGGGAACGUUUUUGACACCUUGUAGAGUCCAUGCCCCGACGAAUUGAAGAUGUUUUGAGGGCAAAAGGGGGGGGUGCAACUCAAUAUUAGGAAUGUGUUGUUAAUGUUUAAAACACUCAGUGUGUGUGUGUAUAUAUAUGUGUGUAUAUAUUAAUAUAUAUAUAUAUAGUACCAGUGAAAAGUUUGGACACACAUACUCAAGGGUUUCUGAAGCGAUACGCCAUCCCAUCUGGUUUGCGCUUAGUGGGACUAUAAUUUGUUUUUCAACAGGACAAUGACCCAACACACCUCCAGGCUGUGUAAGGGCUAUUUGACCAAAAAGGUGAGUGAUGGAGUGCUGCAUUAGAUGACCUGGCCUCCACAAUCACCAGACCUCAACCCAAUUGAGAUGGUUUGGGAUGAGUUGGACCACAGAGUGAAGGAAAAGCAGCCAACAAGUGCUCAGCAUAUGUGGGAACUCCUUCAAGACUGUUGGAAAACCAUUUCUCAUGAAGCUGGUUGAGAGAAUGCCAAGAGUGUGUAAAGCUGUCAUCAAGGCAAAGGGUGGCUACUUAGAAGAAUUUAAAAUAUAUUUGGAUUUGUUUUUUUUUUAAAUGGGUUGCUACGUGGUUCCAUAUGUGUUAUUUCAUAAUUUUGAUGUCUUCACUAUUAUUCUACAAUGUAGAAAAUAGUAAAAAUAAAGAAAAACCCUGGAAUGAGUAUGCAUGUACUGUGUGUGUGUGUAUAUAUAUAUAUGUGUGUGUGUAUAUGUGUGUGUGUGUGUGUGUGUGUAUGUAUAUAUAUAUGUGUAUGUGUGUGUGUAUAUAUAUAUAUAUAUAUAUAUAUGUAUGUGUGUGUAUAUAUAUGUGUGUGUGUGUGUAUAUAUGUGUGUGUGUGUGUAUAUAUAUAUAUAUAUAUAUGUGUGCCAAAUACAUUUUAACUCAGUUUUUCACAAUUCCUGACAUUUAAUCCUAGUAAAAAUUCCCUGUUUUAGGUCAGUUAGGAUCACCACUUUAUUUUAAGAAUGUGAAAUGUCAGAAUAAUAGUAGAGAGAAUGAUUUAUUUCAGCUUUUAUUUCUUUCAUCACAUUCCCAGUGGGUCAGAAGUUUACAUACACUCAAUUAGUAUUUGGUAGCGUUGCCUUUAAUUUGUUUAACUUGGGUCAAACGUUUCAGGUAGCCUCCCACAAGCUUCCCACAAUAAGUUGGGUGAAUUUUGGCCCAUUCCUCCUGACAGAGCUGGUGUAACUGAGUCAGGUUUGUAGGCCUCCUUGCUCGCACACGCUUUUUCAGUUCUGCCCACAAAUGUUCUAUAGGAUUGAGGUCAGGGCUUUGUGAUGGCCACUCCAAUACCAUGACUUUGUUGUCCUUGAACCAUUUUGCCACAACUUUGGAAGUAUGCUUUGGGUCAUUGUCCAUUUUGAAGACCCAUUUGCGACCAAGCUUUAACUUCCUGACUGAUGUCUUGAGAGGUUGCUUCAAUAUAUCCACAUAAUUUUCCUUCCUCAUGAUGCCAUCUAUUUUGUGAAGUGCACCAGUUCUUCCUGCAGCAAAGCACCCCCACAGCAUGAUGCUGCCACCCCCGUGCUUCACGGUUGGGAUGGUGUUCUUCGGCUUGCAUGCGACCACCUUUUUCCUCCAAACAUAAUGAUGGUCAUUAUGGCCAAACAGUUCUAUACUUGUUUAAUCAGACCAGAGGACAUAUCUCCAAAAAGUACGAUCUUUGUCCCCAUGUGCAGUUGCAAACCGUAGUCUGGCUUUUUUAUGGCGGUUUUGGAGCAGUGGCUUCUUCCUUGCUGAGACAGAACGCGUCUCCUUCCUGAGCGGUAUGACGGCUGCGUGGUCCCAUGGUGUUUAUACUUGCGUACUAUUGUUUGUACAGAUGAACGUGGUACCUUCAGGCGUUUGGAAAUUGCUCCCAAGGAUGAACCAGACUUGUGGAGGUCUACCAUUUUUUUUCUGAGGUCUUGGCUGAUUUCUUUUGAUUUUCCCAUGAUGUCAAGCAAAGAAGCACUGAGUUUGAAGGUAGGCCUUGAAAUACAUCCACAGGUACACCUCCAAUUGACUCAAAUGAUGUCAAUUAGCCUAUCAGAAGCUUCUAAAGCCAUGACAUCAUUUUCUGGAAUUUUCCAAGCUUUUUAAAGGCGCAGUCAACUUAGUGUAUGUAAACUUCUGACCCACUGGAAUUGUGAUAUAGUCUGUAAACAAUUGUUGGAAAAAUGACUUGUGUCAUACACAGAGUAGAUGUCCUAACCGACUUGCCAAAAGUAUAGUUUGUUAACAAGAAAUUAGUGGAGUGGUUGAAAACCAGUUUUAAUGACUCCAACCUAAGUGUAUGUAAACUUCCGACUUCAACUGUAUAUAUAUAUAUUAUAUAUAUAUAUGAAAUGCUUAAAAAUUAUUUUUGGCUGCGAUAAUCUCAGUAUUACAUUGAAUAUUUAUGAUUCUAACACGAUGAACAAAUAAUGAAAACAAGUCUUUAUUCAACCCAAAACUAACAUGAUAUUUAUUUAAAACUAAAUGUUUUCCUAUAAAACAUGGGAUCAAGUUUAUUUUUUCUUGAGAACACUCAUUGGUGUGUGUCGCAACCCCCAUGUUGUGUGUGUUUGUUCUGAAAAUGAAAAGAUAAGGAGUUCAAAGUUCACCACGUCGUCUUGUUUUCUUUGAGCCCUGCCUAUCGCCCAGUUCCACAAGCAACACAUUCACCAUUCCUUGCUCUUAUUUAGAAAGUCAAUAUUUAAUCGGAAUCGCUCAGUUUUAAGAAUAAUAUUCAUUAAUGUAGCUGACAUUCCUCAUAUUUUUCCAAUUAUAUGAUUUCAUUGUUUAUGAAGAACAUGAUAUGUUGGAUAUUUAUUUUUUCUUUAUAUUAAUAAUGUAAAUACUGAACUUGCAUGUCCUGCAGUAGGAAAAGCUGGAAGAAUUGAAUUUGUCAGACUGUCUUGGAACGACCUCUUAAUAUCUGCCAAACACUCAUUAAAUCUAUCAGGGAGAUGUGAUGUAGUUCACAUCAUAGCAUGCGAAAAUAUGAGCUUGUUUUUUCUGUGUAGUUUUGGCUGGUUCUACACUCAAAUGCUAUCAGUUUGGCUUAGAAUUGUUCCUAGUUGUGGAUAGGGCUGGGAAUUGCCAUGGACCUCACGAUACGAUAUUAUCACAAUACUUUUGUGCUGAUACGAUAUGUAUUGAGACUCUCACGAUUCUAUAUGUAUUGUAUCGAUACUGUGAUUUUAUUGGGAUUCGAUGUUCCAAACAUAUUGAUCACCAUAUAUCUGCUGCAGAGGGACAAGAGAGAGCCAUGAGAAAAAUAGUUUUCAUUAGUCGUGGAAAUAAAAGUGUGGAAAACAAAUUGGCUACCUAUUUUUUUUUUAAAGAUGGAGAACAAGAAGAAAAAAUACUGGAGUUUUGGUGCAGGUACAGUCAACUAGCACAAAAAUGAUAUUGCUAUAUAGUCAAAACGAUACCAUAUAUCGUCAAAAAUAAUAUCCUUAUAUUUAACUAUCUUUUUUUUUCAACCAUCACUAGUUGUGGAAAAAAAUUCUGGGAGUGUGUGAUGGGGAGGAAACCGUAAUGGAGUGAUAGGGAUGUUUCCCGUUACUGAGUAUUAUGCUACGUCCCCCUGCCAUCUACAUUUGUGGCGCUUGGAGUGUUGAUUCAAUGGUGUUUGGUGAUAGAGGUAGCUAGCCGUCCCAUCAGGCCCAGAGCGAUGGAGGAUGCGUGGCAGGGGGGUGUCUUGUUGUGGCCAGCAUUCAGGUAGCUGUCACAGCCAUCACCUCCAGCAUUCUCACCCAGGUCAUCCUCUUUAAUGAACACUGACUCACCAACACAGACAGGACUGGGAUAGAUGCCUGUUCUCUGACAGAACAUCCGUCUGUUUUUCUUUAUGGCGUUCUCCACUGAGUUGUCCCUUUGAGAAACCCCAGUCAGUGAGGAGGAGUAGAGUAUGUGGGGGAGGACAUAAAAGUUUGUUGGAUGUUUUGUCCGACUUUGUUCGAUUGCACGCAAAACUUCAGAUUUGAUGAAUAUCGCAUGAGAAAUUGCCCAGCGAACAGAAAAGCUCAAGGGGGGAACAUGCCAAAAAAGGAAAUAUAUUUUUCAUCAUAAUUCUUGCAGCAUUAAUUUCUGUCCCGAUCUGGCCAUUAGCUGUUGUGAUGUGGAGGGCGGGGGUGGAUGUGGUGGCUGCUUGGUGGCAGGCUGGUAGGAUGUGGGGGGGAGGUUGGUGGCGUGGCAUUUGUCAACUUGACUCUUCCGCAUCGAAUCCAGAUUGACGGGUAAUUUCUACCCUUUCUCUCCAAAAGGUUUUCCUCCGAAAAGGUCAGACACUUAAAACUAUUUGCUUAACAGCAUGCCGCCUGUCCUUAGAGCUAGAUGGAGGAAGGAGUGGGAGAGAGCAGAGAGAUUUUCUACAGUGUAGACUGUGUGAGCAGACUGUGUGUGUGUGUGUGUGUGUGUGUGUGUCCAUGCCGGUGUAGCGGGGGUUGGCUUUCUGUGCUGUUUUUGGAAAGUGUGUGUGUGUGAGUCGUUGGGGGGCGUGGGGGUCUUUGCCGUGUGGUGCCGUGUGUCGCCUGUCUCAACAGGUUAUGUUUUCCUUGCAGACCCUGGCCAUUAACCGAGGGGAGAAUCUGAAGAUUCUGACAGUGAAGGUCAACAUCCCUGACAGGGUGAAGAGCGACUUCUGUAGGUGGUGUGUCAACGUCAGGUCGGUCUCCUCCCUGCACACCCCCCCCCCCCCCCACACACACACACACACACACACAGAGCCCUUGAACUUCUCUCUCCUCUACCUCCCUGUUCCCUCUCUCCGUCUGUGCCCUGUGCCAGCCUGUAACGGUGGUGUCAGUACAGUUGUGGCCGUCUGCAAUCUGUCCCCCAGGUGUGAAGGGCAUAGGUGGGAGUCAGGUUCAUGUAUAAUCAUACAGUCGAUGUUUCUGUAUUGGUUACUGUGGCCCCUUCUAGAGCCAGACACAGAAAGUCACUGAAAGCUCCAUGCAGUUAUUAUAUACCUGUUCUUUGUCUUUAAAGCUCAUAUAGCCACAGAUAAAGUCAAAGUUAGCUUCUUUCUCUUUGUGUAAAUAAAAUCUUUGUAAAAUACUAUGCAUAACACGGCUUAGCAAUAAUCAUUUACAAUGUUUUUGGGGAAAUGUACCCUCACUCACAAGUUGGAUUCAAUGCAGUAAAGAUCAUAGAAUGAUCAAUGUGAAAAUGCCUCUCCACAUUCACAGCUCAGUGGCUUUUUAUGGUGUUAGUAAAAUAGUUUUCCAGUCUCUUGUUUUAAAAUAGAUUCCCAAAUGGAUAAUUUUUUUAUAUAUUCCGAUGUGUACUGUAGAGCUGUAGAGCUCUCAAAAUAUUAUUUUAAAUAUCAUAUGAUCAUGCUUUUAAAUACAUCAGAUUACACUGUACAACAACAUUGACCCUAAAUAUGAGUUUUUCAGUGAAAUAAAUGAAAACACCACAGUAAAUGAGACAGCACAUUAGAUUGUUUUCAUAACAGCACAUUAAAUGCUUUUGUUUUGAAGUAGACUAUAAUAGGAUAUUCUAAUCUGUUGAUAUACAAGAAAACACAAAUUAACACAUUUUGUUGUGUUUUAGAAAAUGUAUUUGAGUGAGAUAUUAUAGACCAAGGCCCUGUUUUUUUCUCUCAAACUAAUUUGUUUUCAAUCUUGUAAAAUAUUUUUUUUGCAUAUUGAUUUUCUGUAUUUCUUGUAUUAAUUGUUUGUGAAUAACAUUGUAUUAUAAAUUAUAAUAUCCUCUGUAGCUCAAUUGGUAGAGCACGGCGCUUGUAACGUCAGGGUAGUGGGUUUGAUCCCCGGGACCACCCAUACGUAAAAAUGUAUGCACACAUGACUGUAAGUCGCUUUGGAUAAAAGCGUCUGCUAAAUGGCGUAUUAUAUUAUAUUAUAAAUCACAUUAUUUCUUACAUAAAUGUAGAUCUACUUUGUGUAUAAUUUGAGAUCCCAGCAAUUUUGCUAAUUCCUACUAUACAUUUUUAAAAUAUUCUCUGCAGUUACUAAAGGUGUACUUGCUUAACAUGGUCUGAAAGUGUAUCAAACGAAUACAUGAGUGUUUUGUGUGAUUCAAAAUGGUUUGUGAGGAGAUCAAUAUUUAAACAUAUUAAUUUCCCCCCAAAAAUGUUUUUAAUGUAUUUUGUUAAAUCCUUUUCUUGUAAAAUGUUUCUUUCAUUCUAUUUUAACAUCUGCUUAACUUGUUAGUUUCUUUAAACUCUCCAGGCAUCCCAUUCAUAACAAUAGCAGUGAAAAAGAUCACGUUUUAAGUGGUGGUGUAAAAAUUGCAAACCAAGACUUUAUUUAGUCAUGGAGCUGUACUGUAACCUAUAAGGGCAAGGUAUGUGAAAGGACCUGUAUUUUACUGAAGCCAUGUAUGUAACCAAUCCUUUCCUGAUCAAAAGAAAGAAAAGGGUAAAAACAGUGAAAUCUUAGAUUUUCAGUUUACAAAAUUCACAGAUUUACACUAAAACAUCAGAUUCACACCAAAAUGGAUUCUGUGUAUGUAUAUAUAUAUAUAUAUAUUAUAUAUAUAUAUAUAGAUAUAUAUUUAUAUUUAUCAGAAAAUGACUCAAUUGAAUUUUUGGUUUCCACUGUAGAUGGAGACCCAAGGGUUACGCUAGAGAGGAGCUGAUGAAGAUCUUGCGCGAUGCCGUGGAGGACUCGUACAAAAGACUCUUAUUACCCCUGCUCAGCAGAAGCUACAGGUCUGUACUGAACUCUGUGUGUGUGUGUUCCACUAAGUUAUUUGACUUUACCGUACUGUAUUUUAAAUACCUCCUCUCUCUCUCGCUCUCUGUCUCUGUCUCUUGCUCUCUCUCUGUCAGGACGAAGCUGACGGUUAGUGCGGAGAAGGAGUCCAUAGCCAUGUUUGUGCGUAACUUGCGCCAGCGUCUGUUGGUGUGUCCUGUGAGAGGCCGUGUCAUCAUGGGCGUGGACCCAGGGUUCAGACACGGCUGUAAACUGGCCGUCCUCUCCCCUACCAGUAAGAACCCACACUAACAUGCCCCUCUUCCACUCUGCAUUUCUGGGUAUAGGGUGGAGAUUGGUGUUUCAGUCAAAAGACUGCUUCUAGAUCAGAGAAAAUCUGUCAUCCCAGUAGUUCAUUCUAUGUAAAAAUGAACAUCCUAGCAUAUCUGCAAAGACCAGUCACACAUGUCUGGUCUAUACUGUAGUCUCUACUAGUCUGUACUACUGGAGGAACAAGGGCCCUCUCCUCUCCACCCAAAAGAGCUGAUGGACGUUCCUCCCAGUGGGCCUCUGUGGGCGGGGCCCCAUGCAGGGCCACGUUUGGGCCCUCCUCCUGGGCAGCUGAUCGCCCAGGCGCAGCUCACGCUGCCCACAUGGCGGGUGUGUGUCAGCUGGCAUUCCUGUGUUUUGGCAUCUGCCCUGCAGCAAACACACACAAAUAGACCCGCAAACAGACACGCAAAGACACAUACACACACACUCAGCUUGAUCAUGACAGGUCUGGGGGUGUGUGGUCACAUGACCUCCCGUCGGAGCCAUCUAAUAGGAUCAGUCGUGCCCCAUCAGCCUGACAGGAGACGGCAGCAGCUGAGUCGUUCCACCAAUUCGGUGCCUUUUGAGAAGUGUAACAUGGUCAAAAAAAAACGUUUGAUUUCACCUAAUUUUAGCAUUCUGUCAUAAAGAGCACGUUCAACUUCAUAAAAAACAAAUUUUUGCCUAUUAAAGGUUCAAUAUGCAGAAAUCGCUCCGCCAUUUCCUGGCUGCAAAAAAAUUCAGUUUGUGACAAAACAAACAAUGUAUAGUGUAGAGAAUCAUUGUACCAUCUAAACCGCAGUGAAAUAUAUUUUCAGUAACCAAAAAUAUUGUAUUUUCAGCUGUUUGAAGCUGGUGUACAAAACUGAAAGAAAAAGACGCGAAACAAAACUUAAGAGUGGGAAGCAUAGAAAUAGCACACAUAGAACAGAUCUACCGCUUCUUAGACUUGCUUUCGAUGAGAAUUCAAUGUGAAUUUGGUCGGUUCACCCCAUAAGUUACAUAUUGCAGCUUUAAGUGCCAAAUAAAGUUGACUAGGUUGACUGUUAUAGGGUUGACUGUAACAGGGUUGACACUAACAGGGUUGACUGUAACAGGGUUGACUGUAACAGGGUUGACUGUAACAGGGUUGACUGUAACAGGGUUGACUGUAACAGGGUUGACUGUAACAGGGUUGACUGCAACAGUGUUGACUGCAACAGUGUUGACUGUAACAGGGUUGACCGUAGCAGGGUUGACCGUAGCAGGGUUGACAAUUUCAAAUUAAAUCUGCCAUAAAUCCCCUUGGGAAUGGAAGCUUGUUGUGUGCAACAGGGAGUGGCAAUUAAAUGCAAGCUUCACAAAAAAAUGAAUUUGCUAAAACAUUUCUAGCCUGUCUAUCUAUGGGUAACAGUGUUAACGUGUUAUGCUCGACCCGCUCCGUUUUCUACCACAACACACCAGAAAAUUGCUAAAAAGAGUAGAACCAGCUCACCUGCUUUUACACUAUCAUUUAACUAUUCGAUGUUCAAUGUUUCUUUUGAAAAACAUAUUAUUAGAACGAGAGUACAGUUCACAUAACAGGGUUGACUUUAAAAUGAGGGACAGAUGUAAAAUAAUCACUAAUGACAUGAAAUAAAUAAUAAUCUUCAGAAAUGACUGUCAAAGCAACAAAAUAACUAGGGCUUUACAAUUAUGGUGAAAGUUGGAGAAAUGUUUAGAUUAAGUGGGUUGAAAUCUUCCUAAAAGUGACAGUUGACGGAGGGACAUGUCAAAAUGCAGAAUGUUGGCACUUUAGCAAGCCUUUAUUCAUAUAAAAAAUCUGAGUUAUUGAAUUCUCCAUGUGGUCUAUAUAAAAGGGCACUUCAUUUAAUAUAACAGGCUUUUAAAAAUUCAAUAUUGGUGCACAAUUUCAACUUAAAAUAUCAAAGGGACGCAAAAGGCACUCUUUUCGUGGAACGACCCAGCUUUGUCCGUCCAUCCCUACACAGGCACAGGAAUGGACAGAGCUAGAGGAAAAGUGCAACAUGAGGAGUAUUCUCAAAAUGCCCUUUUCGCACUGCUGUGCUUAGCUGAGCUGAAGCAAGCCGAGCUGACCUGCACUGCCCUGAUAACGCAUCUAUCUACCUUAGUUGCUUGAACAGUGCUGAAUGGAAAUUAUCCAAGCCAACAAAGUAAGGUCCGGGUCGGCAUACUUGUAUGGAAAGGGUAUUAGUCCAUCCAUUCCAUUUGCCAGGUCCCCCUCGCAAAAGAGGUUUCUAACCUUGAGUCUUUCCCUUUAAGAAUCAUCUUCACUUGCUCUUUAUAGCUCCCUCCUUCUUGGGUCAGAUCCUGUGAUAAAGCUAGGAGUGUGUCUUCUUUAUUCCUCUGUCUUGGUGACACCGAAGCAUCUGUCCAUUUUACAUACUCACCCCUCCCUUCUGUCCCAGGUCAGAUAUUAUACACAGAUGUGGUGUACCUCCAUGGUUCAGGUGGGAACAGAGAGGCAGACAAACUGCGCCAUCUGAUGAUCAGAUACAGGUACUGCAGCUGGUGUGUUAGCGAUCAGAGUUCAAAUAAGCUGUUGCACAUUGUGUAGUGUGUACACUGUAAUCACUAAGAUAAAGAACAAUACUUAUCAAAAUGAAAGCAAGAGGAUUUUAGGAUGAAUUUUUGUAAAGUUUGAAUAUUCACAGAAAUAGAUCAAUUAACCCCUUAUUUGUUGCUGGCCUCUUGUGAAUUUGCAUUAUUUAUGAUAGAACACAAUGUUUUUUGGUUUCUUUUUCACACUAUUGUACUCUCCGUCAACUCUUUCAUACACACAGCUGUAACACAGUGGUUAUCGGCAACGGCACAGCGUGUCGAGAGACUGAGGCCUUCUUUGCUGACCUCAUCAGCCGACGCUUCUUCCAGCCUCUGGACGUGUCAUACUGGUAA